AUGCCCGGAGAUAGUGGGUGCCAGCGUGAGGAACACAUUGGUGAAGGCUCAAGAGACGUUGGGAGUGAUGGAAUUGCCUCGCUGCUUAUUUCACCUCACCCGGCUCGCUGGGCUCCAGGCGAGAGCAACUCUGUGGAGAGAGAAACCGCAGGGGCGGGAGGCACGGCUGACUCAUCCCCAGACGCCACGCGGCUUCUAGACGAGAAAAGAGGCUGUAGCUCAGAGGGCGAGCGUCGCUCUCAGCUCCUCAUGCCACUGGACGAAUUUCACGCCGGCAUAAUUACCAACGGUCCGACUGAUUCGGAAAACUACUACUGCUACGUCCCGGUAUCUCGACCUCAUAGAGAAUGUCCUGAGGAGGCCGCCUCAUCAUGCAAACCUUAUCCGGCCAUCGAUGCUUUCACAAGAGCUGCAACUUUAUGGAGGCUGGGUAACUCUGACGGCAUGCAUACAGCACAAAGUCCAGAGGUCUAG